AUGCGUCUUCUCAGUUCCUCGAGCGGGGAAAUGAAAUUCUUCCCUUCGCGUGCCGGUAUCCCUCCUUAUGCUAUACUCUCCCAUACCUGGGAAGAGGAAGAAGUGUCGUUUCAGGAUUGGCAAGGAGAGCGUGAGAAAGUUAAAAAGGUGAAGGGCUUCCGGAAAAUAGAAUAUUGCUGUCAACAGGCAGUCAAAGACGGGUUUGAUUGGGUCUGGGUCGAUACAUGCUGCAUAGAUAAAACUAGCAGCGCCGAGCUCUCCGAGUCUAUCAACUCCAUGUUCAGAUGGUAUAAAGAAGCAUCUGUCUGCUAUGCCUAUCUGGCAGACGUGAAGCGCAGCCCCCUAUCGACGAUCGAGAGUCAAAUCGCUGAGAGUCAUUGGUUUGAGCGCGGAUGGACGUUACAGGAGCUAAUUGCAUCCAAAAAUGUGAUCUUCUACUCUGAGGACUGGUGCCAAAUCGGGACAAAGUUACAGCUCUCGACUCUCAUAUCCAGUAUUACUGGUAUCGAGGAGACGUAUCUGGACAGCGCGAACAUCCAAAACGCUAGUAUAGCACAGCGUAUGUCCUGGGCGGCAAACAGGAAAACGACGCGUGAAGAGGACAUAGCAUACUGUCUUCUUGGUAUAUUCGAUGUGAACAUGCCCCUUCUAUACGGCGAAGGUGAACGUGCAUUCCUAAGAUUGCAGGAAGCGUUGGUAAAGGCUUAUCCGGAGGACCACACGCUAUUCGCUUGGGGAACCAUUGUUGAGCGGUUUUCUGGGUCCGUACUGACAGACGCCCAAAUACUGGGCUAUGAGCCUAUUGAGUACAAUCCCGAAGGCGAUGGAUCGCUCCUUGGGCUUCUAGCUAAAAGCCCAGCUGACUUCAAGAGUUCGGGAAAAUUUAUAUGUCAUUGGGAUUACCAAAUAUAUUUCCGUGCCUGGCAAUCGAUACGAAUGGUGCCAACCGUUGUUGGUUCCUCAAUUCAUGUGGAGCUACCCAUGUUUAAACGUCUCAAGUAUACUGAGCCGCAAGCAAGCCAUGAUUAUUGCUCCUUUAGUGAUGGGCUACCCGUGGGGCGGCUGCGGGAGACGACAUUCGCGAUACUAACAUGCGGGUAUUACGAGGAAAAAGGAUUCAUGGUAGUUGCAAUUCCUCUCAUUGUCUGUUCGGGCAGCUAUGGGCGCACGCAACAGAUUGUUAUCAACGAAUCUACUACGCUCAAAAGAUAUCCUAACCAUGUACUGCACAACGCUGGCUCCAAAAUAAUCGUCGAACGUCAGCCGUGUUAUCAACCGCAUACUAGAGAUAUAGUCGUGAGGAGAUUCGUAUCUUCCAUGACCUUGAAGACCUUAUAUAUCCCCGAGACCAUCGAGAAGCAGCAAUACAGUUCUAUCUUAAAGGAAGUACGUCCUACACGGGGCGCCAUCAUGGCUUUUCUAUUUCAGUAUGAUUUCGCCACGGGUUUGGUGAUAUGUAUAAGUCGUGUGGGAGAGCGCCAUAAUGGUACGGAUAAGCUACAUUUUGUCGUGCGGCACAUAGAUGCCACUGCUGCUAUAGAAGAUUCUAUUCGUAAAGGAGAACGACAUCAAGGAUAUGCAGAUCAAGAAAAUCCAGAAAGAAUGAAGCUGGUAUUUACAGAAUCGCAGUACAGCCACACAUAUGACGCUUUAAAUUAUGUAUGCAAUAAUUGGGAUAGAAUAGAGGGCGGGCAAACAAUGGGCUUUCCCCAACAGUUUCAAGUUGCAGGAAGCAGAUAUGGACCAAGCGUGCGUAUCGCCACGGAGCGGAUAUAUAUUGGGGGUGAUCCCGAGCAGCCCAUCGAUAUAGUUGACAUUAUAAUCCAGCCUGAGCUGAACCAACCACGUCUCGUUACGGACUGGGAGGGAAAAUUGGAAUAUGAGAAUAAGCGGGAGGAGGAUGGAUACACUUGGCGGGAUGAGACCGGAUGGCGUAAGACGCGAAGAGACGAGACGAGCUCGCAAGAACGACAUAAUCUCAGAUACGCCCGGACAAGAGGAGGUGGAAGGAGGCGAACGUAA